AUGCCGGAGGUGCUCUUUCUUGGUGGUCUCCAGCGUGCUCCUCGUGCAGGUGACGACCGCGCGUGGGUCUCAGCGGGCGCAGGUCUUGCUCGAUGCAUUCCUCUGCGUUGGGCCUCUGCCACGUCUGGCAUCGCCAAGCUUGUGGAUGAGGGCUCUACUUUUCACCUCGCGCUCAAAGAGAUGGACAGGGAUGCGCCCUCGGUGCCUCGUCUCCUGCUGCAGCGGACUGCGCGGCGCGCUACGUGUUGCUCGACUCGCUACCAUUUCGAUUGCAACGACUACGGCUACGACGACCUCUUCGACUCCACCUACGUCGACCUGGACCACCACGUGAGCCUGAGUGGCUCGGCGCCCCCGCGCCCGCGGCGUCCUCGGGCGAGAUCGAGCCGCCUCUGGGGACGCAAACUCCUCCUUCUCCUCCUCCUCGUCCUGUGA